CUAGAGGAAGAGAAGAGGCUGUUUUUACUGCAGACCAGGCAGAGAAAGAGUUAAUUGGCCUGAAUGUUUGGGAAGCAGCGAGCUGUGUGAGGGAGAGAGAGAGAGAGAGAGAGAGUAAAGGGGGAGGAAGAAAGAGAGAUGGGAGCUGGAGGAAGAGGAGAGGGCGAGCGCUGGCGGCAGCUGCAGUCUCUUUGCCUCGUGACGGCGUCUGCAGCGUGAGUUUGUUUACAUCCAUCGGCAGCAGGCAGAGCGGAGCAGACGUCCUCGGAUUGUGAACUUGCUGCCCUGUCUGGAAGAUCAUCCUCACUGAACCUGGAUCAGCUUACUUUGUCUUCUUCAUCCCAUCAAUAGACUAGAGGUGAACCGCUUUCUAGAGCAACCGUGUAUCCACGCAGAAAGAGGGGCACAUCACAUGGGAGUGCGUGACUGUGUGUGUGAGGGUGUGUGUUCAGGCCUCCUGCCGUCGCCCGCUCUUCCCGGACAGGCAUGGCGGGGGGCAGAGAGCGCGGCUCCCGGAUACAGAGGCCGUGGUCGGUGUACAGGGCCAACACAUUCGAGCUGUCCAACGAGAUGAUCGGCUUGGCUCUCGCAGGAAACAGUCAGGACCCAGAUGAGCCUGUGAUUGAGUUCAGCGUGGCCUGCACAGACCUGCUGACUCCUGCUUUGGAUCGAAAACCCAACAGCUUUGUAGCAGUGAGCUGCACAACACCACCGCAGGCCUUCUGGACCAAACACGCCCAGACUGAAGUCAUCGAGGGCACCAGUAACCCCAUCUUCCUCAGCAGCAUCGCCUUCUUCCAGGAGUCCAACAUCAACCAGCAGACGCAGGUGAAACUGGCCGUCUACGACGUCAAGGACCGCUCGCAGGGCACGAUGUAUAUGUUGGGCUCAGCACUUUUUCCUGUGAAGGAGUUGUUGCAAGAGAAAAGCCACAGAUUACAGCUGGAACUAAGAUCAGCGGAGAACCAGCGGGUGGGGAACGUCACCAUAGCUGCCUGGCAGAUGGAGGAGAGAGCGGAUCAGAGGAUGUCAGUCGGCCGGCUGCCAGACAGCAUCAACGGGCGGACAAUGCUGCCUGUUGAUGAGAGCCUCACCGAGUCGAUGGGAGUCCGAAUCAAGUACGCCUCGCUAUGCAAAGACACCCUGCUGCGCUCAGUGUUCGGAGGCACAAUGUCUAGGAUGUACCGCUUCCCAACUACUGGUGGGAACCACCUACGGGUGCUGGAGCAAAUGGCUGAGAGCGUCCUUUCAUUGAACAUUCCCCGACAGUUUGUCAAACUGCUGCUGGAGGAGGACGCAGCCAGGGUGUGUGAGCUGGAGGAGCUGGGAGAGUUAUCCCCCUGUUGGGAGAAUCUGCGGCGACAGAUUGUUUCUCAGUACCAGAACAUAAUACUCGCAUACCAGGAAACGCUGACAGACCUCAACGACUACAGAGGUCCAUCGUUCAAAGCCAGUAACCUGAAGGCAGAGAGGAAGCUUGAGUUCAUGCCAACCAACCUACACGUUCAGAGGAUGAGGGUGCAGGACGAGCUAGGCUUUGAACACACAUAUGAUGUGGUAACAAUCGGAGCUCCAGCGGCUCACUGCCAAGGUUUUAAAAACAGCGGUUUGAGGAAACUCAUCCAAAAGUUUGAGGAGGCAAAGAAGCACGUAUAUGAGGAGGGAUGCAGCGCACUGUCUAGCUCACAGUCCAUCGUCUACAUACCCCAGGACAUCGUCCGGGCCAAAGAGAUCAUCGCCCACAUCAACACACUGAAGACUCAGGUCAGCUACUAUGCCGAGAGGCUUUCCCGAGCCGCCAAGGAUCGAUCUGCUAGCGGACUGGAGAGGACACUUGCCAUUCUGGCUGAUAAGACUCGUCAGUUGGUGACCGUAUGCGACUGUAAGCUGCUGGCUUCAGCCAUUCAGGCCCUGAACGCAGCACGGCCUGAGUACAUCGCCUCCAAAGCGUCUCCCUCCGCUGACUCAGAACAAGUAGUCCUCCGUAACGACCAGGACACACUGCUCGCCAAGUGGAGCGGUCGCAACAGCCGAUCCUCGCUGCAUGUUGACUGGCAUGAAGAGGAGUGGGAGAAAGUUUGGCUGAAUGUGGAUAAGUCUCUGGAGUGCAUCAUCCAGCGUGUUGACAAGCUGCUUCAGAAGGAGAGGAGACCCAGCAUCAGCAGUCAGGACAGUACACAGAUUGACCUGCAGGGAGGCGCCACUAAGAAAGGUGAUGGAAAAACACGAGCUUUCUGGAUCAACCCAGAAAGUCCAACUCCAUCAUUACCAUCAUCAUCAUCAUCAUCGUCCUCACCUCCACGAUCAUCAUCACCACCACCAUCCUCUUCCUCUCUUGCUGCUCUCUCCUCUGCACGUCCUCCCAGCCCUGAACAGGAAUCCUAUGGAAGCCCCGGUGCUGAGGAGGCAUACCCAGGCGAGUGGAGCGAGGCGCUGUACCCUCUCCUCACCACGCUCACAGAGUGCGUCGCCAUGAUGAGCGACACGGCCAAAAGGUCCAUGGUCUUCCUGCUGAUGCAGGACAGCGCCCCGACGAUAGCCAUGGACCUGUCGCUGCAGUACCGCCGCGACGUCGUCUUCUGCCAGACGCUCACUGCUCUCAUCUGUGGCUUCAUUAUCAAACUGAGGAACUGUCUCCGUGACAACGGAUUCCUCCGACAGCUCUACACCAUCGGCCUGUUGGCUCAGUUUGAGUCCCUGCUCAGCACCUACGGAGAGGAGUUGGCCAUGUUGGAGGACAUGAGUGUCGGCAUCAUGGAUCUUCGUAACGUCACCUUUAAGGUGACCCAGGCCACCGGGAGCUCCGCCCCCGACAUGCUGCCGAUCAUCACGGGGAACCGGGACGGCUUCAACGUCCGCAUCCCGCUGCCAGGAACCAUGUUCGACGCGUUGCCACGGGAGAUCCAGAGUGGUAUGCUGCUGAGGGUCCAACCGGUGCACUUCAACGUCGGCAUCAACGAGCAGCAGACGCUGGCUGAGAAGUUUGGAGACACGUCCCUGCAGGAGAUCAUUAACCUGGAGAGUCUUUCCAGGCUAAAUUCAUACUACGAACAGUUCAAAGAAGUCCUGCCUGAAGACUGCCUCCCGAGGUCUCGUUCUCAGACUUGUCUCCCAGAGCUACUGAGGUUUCUGGGGCAGAACGUCCACGCCAGGAAAAACAAGAACGUGGACAUCCUCUGGCAGGCGGCCGAGAUCUGUCGCCGGCUGAACGGGGUUCGUUUCACCAGCUGCAAAAGCGCCAAAGACCGCACGGCCAUGUCGGUGACCCUGGAGCAGUGCCUGAUCCUGCAGCACGAGCACGGCAUGGCGCCGCAGGUCUUCACGCAGGCCCUCGACUGUAUGCGCAGCAUUGGGACGAGGGAGGGGGUGAUCCAGAAGAACCUGAGCGGCUUGCUGCCGGUGCGUGACUUCCGGCUGGACCCCAGCCUCCUGUACUCGCUGCCCCUGCUGGCCCUCAGCCCCAACCUCCUGGUGGUGUGGAUCUUCCUCAGCGUGGCCUAUUUCCUGGCCAAACUCCGCUGCAGCUGAGCGGCCGGCGAGCAGCUCUCUGCCAGGAGCCUUCGUUUGUGAGGAGGAGUGGGAAUACUCCACACGGACUCCUGAGGGUGUUUCUGAAACUGUGCCAUUGUCCUGUGAGUGUGUAUGUACACACUGCCCCACCCUGACUAAGGGCUUACCACAACCGAUGCCCCAUUAAUCAAGUGCCAAGCCCUGCCCUCUUUUUUUGGUUAAUGGACAAUGUUUCCAGCUUUGAAAAACUGCACAUGAUUAGCCUGGAAAAGUGUCGUAAACAUACAGUUAUCUUGUCUCAAUACUGAUACGAUGAUUUACUUCAUGAGGCCCCGACCUUUGGACUUUGAGAGCUGCAUCACACGUAAGGCUGGGCUAAGAAUCUAAAAACGCACGUGUGUUAGGUUUUCAGGUAAUUUUCUUAAAGAUCUCUGUGCACACAGAAACUUAAUUGUAAAAAACUAAAUCUCUUCUUUUUCAUUGUUUUUUGCUCCUCAAACAACAAAACUGUAUCACAACCAACAUGUAGUCAGUGGUGGGACAGAGUCUGAUUACUCUGCUGGGUCUGUUUCUGUUGUCAACCAACCAAACAAGUAUAAAACAGCCAAAGCUGUGUGGCUUAUAAUAAUAAAUACAGGUUAAGGUUGUAGUCAGAUUUCAGUCCUGGUUGACACCGAUCGCAGUGACAAAUAUAUCCUGUGACUGCUUCACAACAAAAGCUAGCCCACGUUGCUGCUUCACACUUUUAAUGUCAAGCAGCAAGUGUUGAAGAAUGUUUUGCUCGCAUUAGCAGUAACAAUUUUCUAUAUUGACAUUUUAAAAUGAGGGUUGGAGGUGACAACGUGUUCUCUUCCAAACUUUACUGCCACACAACCCUUAAGCCAGAGAUUUAUUUACUUUUCGCAAACACGUCCAUUAUCAAGUCAGCCAUCAUGCACACGCAAACGUGAAGUUAAAAGCAAGUAAAUCUCCGGCCUUAGCCGUGAUUGACGCAUAAGCAUCAUCAUUAAUGUCCUAAAACCUCCCAUUCACUCUAAAUCAUGAGGCUGCAGCUUUAAGAAAAGCUCAGAUUUAGUUGUAGAAAACGCGCGAGAGAAAGUCCAAAGCGGGGGAGAAAAAGAUGUUUUUUUAAAUUAAGCUGGCUUAGUGUGAACAUUUCAUGUCAGUAAUGUUCAGAUAUAAAACAUUGUGGUCAAGCUAACUGCUGUAUUGCAAAUGUUCAAACCCAGUCAAGACACUGAAACCGUUCUGGAUGAGCGUAACAACUUACAGAAUGAAUAAGAAUAAUGAUCAGACUCUCGAGCAGCAUUCACAUUUUAGGUGGAUAGCGCCCUCUAAUGACCCUUUAUCAUCUGUGUGGCUGCUCUGUGUUAAUCUUCAUUGUUUUAACACAACACAUAGAAAAUACAAAGUGACAGUUUGUAUGUUUGUGACACACAGGCCAGAAAUUACACCAGAGUUGUGAAUAUGUAUAGAAAAUAAGCAGAUUAUGUACAAAUCUUGCUUUCACUGAAGUGUUACUGUUGAUCGUAGCCAUUAUAAAGGAAAGUGAGUUCUAAUUUAGGCUUUGCACAAACCAGCUAGCUUGUUGCAUUCACCAUUGUCUUCCAUGUGCUUUUGCACCUUACAAGCUAAAGCGGAGGAAACCCUUUAUUUAAGCUAACUUUGGCUUAUAUAUAUUUUUUCAGGCAGUAUUUUCUCAUUUUUAUUUGUCUUCCUGCUCUCCUAGACAGUAGAAGGAGUUUUUUGUUUUGCUUCUACUUCAGCCUGUGCACUUUCCAGCAGAUCUGGGUCAGUUAUUAUCACUGAUUCUGUUUACAACAUACCUAUUCGGACUCAAAUUCCCCAGCCUUUAGCCUUUAUUGGGACAUUUUAACCAACAGUACCGGGGUUAAGAAUGACAAUCAUCACACUAAUCAAUCAGUCUAUUUAGGUAAUUGUCUGUUUACCCAUACCUCAGAAUAGCAGAUAAAUUGAGUCUAAAUUGAAGUGUCUGAAAACUUUAAUAGCCUUGUUUUCUCAGAGGUACAUGAACUGAACUCAUGUCAACACUUCUACCAGACUAAGAUGAUUAUACCAGCUCCAAUUCGAUCAGAACUGUGGUGCAUAAACAGUAUUUCUUGCCUUUAACACCCCCUACUCAUUUAGCCGAAAGUAUUUUAAAUACCAUGCAUUCCUUGCAUGAGCAAACGAACAGACCAGCGCUCAGGGAUCAGCCCCCGGUGACAACAUGCAUGACUUGUUUCCUAAUCAGUAGGAGCUGUUUGAUUGCAGGCCAGUAUGUGCAUUUCCUGUGUAGCAAGUUGUAGCAGAAACAGGCAGCUGAAAACAACAUUAUCCAUCAAUUCCUGCAUGUUAUGUAAGAAAAAUUAUAUUUGACCUCGUCAUGGGAAGGUGGCAAGUAAAAAGGGAAAACAAUCCUCCAACUGAAGAUAAAGUUCUCGUAUUAAAUAAAAAGUGUAAUAGAGCAAACAAGUAGUGACAGUUAAAUGACCCAAUAAUAAAUUCUUCAAUUCCUCUUUUUCUUUGAAGGCCCUAAAUCCACAGAGGUGAUUACUCCUCCUCUUGUCAGGACUGUGUGGGCUCGUUCAGGUCUGCUCAACCAGAAGUGAAAACUCAUGUGUGGGGGUUCAAAACCAGUAAAAGAAAUAUAUAUGAACAAAUAUUCAUCCCUCUUAGACAGAAAAUUAAAGUGAAUUCUGUGGAGCUUGCAGUCGGAAUAAAUAUAGACAUUUAUGUUUACAUUUAAUUAGUCAUUAACACAUUUAUGAAUAAAUAAAAAAGGCGUGUUAGAAGAGAACAAUUCAUGUGACUCACUUAAGUUUAAAGGUGACGUGUGGAGCCGUUUUCCACAUUUCCCCUGAAAACACAUUAUUUUUAACCUUGAGCUGCUCUGGCCUGGCCGAGGUGUUAUUUAUGGGUUCAGUUCAUUUGUAAAAGCAGUGACAUGUUUGAUGUAUUCACUGUUUUAAUACCUUUUCACUCCCUGAGAUUGAGCACCUGCCUUAGAGGCAGUAGCAGCCAGUGAUGGCACUUCUUUAAAUUGGUCCCAGUGUGGCGCGUCAGAUACAGUCAGCCAGUGGUUCGACCCACAUCUGCUCCUGAAGCUUCUCAUGCCGAGUGCAGUGGAGAUGAGCUCCGCCUCACCAGCUGACACAGUUGAGUCUUUGUAUUUUUAAGGACGCAGUUUCUAAUUGGCUAACGUUGGAAUGUAUGAUUGUAGGAUAUUCAGGGGAAAUGUGAUUGAUUAUGCAGUGUAGUGCUGUCUGUUCUACACCCUUUAGAGCAUUUAUGUGUUUACCAUAAACUGGUACAGAUUGCAGCUAUAACAGUUAAAAUUAGCUUUAUAGAGCCGAGACGUGUCGAGUUGAGGCACUGAUUUUAUUCGGCGGACGAUGCGAUGAGUUAACUUUGUUCGUAGUUAAGGUGAAUGAAUGAAAGGAAUGUAUCCAUGCUUGUGCCAAAUGCUCCAGUCAGGUUUAUGUCAGGUGAAUUCAGGUUUGUAGGAUCUGUGUUUGCAAAGAGAUUAAGCCAGAAAAGAUGUGAUGUCUUUGUCUGAAUAUAGUCCACUCUUAUGUUAGUGUAUUUAUUUAUUAGUCUUGUAAAUGAGCGUAAAAAAGUGUAUUUUGUUUUGAGAAAUUUCCAUUCACUUUACUAACCUGCAACUAACUAUUAUUUUUUUUAUGAUUGAUCUUCCGACUGUUUUCUCAAGUAAUGAAUUUGUCUAAAAAAAACAUCUUGAGCCCAGUAUGACACAUGACACCUUCCAACAGUCCAAAACCCAAAGAUAUGUAGUCUAUUUACAUAUAUUACGAAGAAAAAAGUAAAUUUGCACUAAUUGUUAAUUAAUUUACGGUCAUGACUGAUUGUUUAAGCUCUAAUAUCACCCCAACUCCAAACUGUUUUCAAGAUGCUUUUGCUUACAAAUCAUUUUACAUAUUUCUGAAUCAGCUGCAUUAUUUUUUAACUAAAUUUUCUGCCCAAGUAUAUAAAUAGAAGGUAAAAGAACCUCUGUAUAAUACUGAAACACUGUUUGAAAACAGCUGGAACAGGAUAGGUUUGGUUUUAACUAUAUAUAAAUGGUCACGUGUGGCAGUUUAGGAAAUAUAAGAAAUCUUUCCUUGGAGUAAAAAUGGACAAUAGUCUUCAGUAUCGUGUGAUUUGACUGGAAACAAGAGUUUUCAGCUUCCUUUGCAGAUUGGAAACCUGCAUUUCAUAAAUCGAUAUCUUAGCCUGUGAAACUAAACGAAAGCAUCAGUCACCUCCUCGGAGUUUGGAGGCUCCGUCUCUUUGAGAUCGACCCAGUAUGGAACUGGAUCAGACCAAAAUAGCCUCCUUUGGGAGUGUAACAUGCUCUCGUGACCCUUAACAGUCAAACACACAUACUACAGUAUAAUGAUCAGACAUACAGUAAAUAAGUCUCAGUAUUCUUAAAUGAGUUUGCAAUACUAAUGUCUGUAUUUAUUAGUGAUGGUCAGUAGAAACAUUUUGUGAAUAUUGACAUUUACACCUCAAGCACUUGAGCGCUGCUACACAAGACUUCCUGAAAAACAGUUGAAAAUAGAGUAAUUAUUAAUUAUUAGAUGCUCUUAUUGAAAAAGGAUGGUAUUUAUUUGCUUUCUUGCCAAAAGUUAGAUGAAAAAAAACUGGUGCCACUUUUAUGUCUGUGAGGUAAAUGUGUAGCUAAAGCCAGCAGCUGGUUAGCUUAGAAGUUGUCUGGCACAAAACCCCUGUAAAAAAAAAAACAUUUUAACACUUCAGUUUAUGUCCAGAUUAAACAAACAAGCUGAAAUGUGUUAACUGGUGAGCGGUACAUGUGCUGAAAGGCAGGUUUUAUUAUUAAGAGAGAAGUUCCCUGUUUAGGCGGCUGUUGUACAGACGUGAGAGUGGCAUCAAUCAAGAAAGUGUCCCAAAUUCCUCCUUUAAGUUAUUAUUCACUACUUAUGUCAGUUUAGAACUACCUCUGUGAGACAGAAUUAAGUUAUAUGUUGAACUUAGAGUUUAUUUAAUAUAUAUAUAUAUAUAUAUAUAUUUAUUAAAAAAUACAGCUAAUGUGAUUAUAUGAUCAAUGAGCAGCAGGGAUGUGAGGGAACAGAAAUUAUUUUAUGUACAAUGAUUAAAAUAUAUGAAAAUCUGAAAAAUAAAAAGUUCCAGUGAAAUAAUAUUUUCAAUUACUAAUGCACUUAAUCAUAAAUUCCCCAUACUUAUAUGUGUAAUUACAGUAAAGUGCUUCCUAAAAAUAUGAAUUAAGAAAUCAUUAUAUCAUUGACCUUUAAAGAGAAACAUCUGAAUCUCUUUUUCUUUCUUUCCUUUGUUUUUGUUAUUCUGAGAAUCGAGGCAUAUCAGAGAAUAUAUUUAUAUUGUACAUAAAUUGUAUUUAAAAUGCUUGUAUUGCCUAAAUGCUAACGUUUGCUAUUGUCUUACGUUAUUCCAAAGCAGAGUAUAAAAAGUAAUCUAUACAAUGUGAUUUAUUAUGCUUGUGCCAUAACUGUCAUGCUGUCGUCACUUUACAUCAUAGCUCAAUAUGUCCAUGUGAUAUUGUUGUAAUAUGCAGAUUUAUAUGUUUUUGUUUAUCCUGACUGUUAAUUGUUUUACUUUAAUCUCUUCUCGUGCUAAAACUGUUGACAUAAUAACUACUGGCAGGUACUUUUAACCCUCUGAGCCCUCCUGUUAACAAUAGAUAUGAUAUUAUGUGAACAGGUUAUUUGUUAAUGGUCACAUUUAACAUGUUAAUUGAGAAUAAUUGUGUCACUGGGAUCAUAAUUACCUCCUGCAAAGUGUUAUUGUGUUAAAGGAAAGUUCUGGAGAGACGGUUAUCUUUAGUGCUGACAAUGCAGUGGAUUUUUUGGGUCAAUAUUCAAUUUUUAGUUAAAAUUUUAAAGUUUUAGAUUCAUUUGUUGUACAGAAAGUGUAUAGGAAAGGUUAUUUAUAAUAAUAAUAUUUUUUAGUAUUUCAUUCUAAAAUCUGACAAAGAUCUGGACUCAUAUUGGCUUAGUGCUUCUUGGUGUUACAGUAACACCUCCUCAGACAGAUCCCAGGUCAGCAAACAACAGAGAAUCUGUGACGUUGAACUGUCUUUGUUUCUCUUCCACAUUUGGCAAUCAGUGCUUUUCCUCAGCAGCAGUUAAAUAUCCAAGAGCUUUAGUCUUGCUGCGCCCCAUGUUGCUCUAAAUGUACCACAAGCCCAAGAAAACCUCCAGUCAGUGUGUCCCUGAACGCAACACUCCUGCUGUAAUAAACGUCUUCUGCACCCACCUGCAGAACAUAAAC